UGGCAUUACUCUUAUGUGUCCUGAACUGAAGUGCUUUCUAAGCGAUUAGCCUCUGCAACACAGGGUCAGUACUUUGCAUUCAGAGCUCACCAUUAGCUAAUUAUGAUGCGCAUGCUAGGAAGGGCAUAUCCUCUUACACUAGCAAGUACUGCUUUAAAGUGGAGAACAAUACAUUGUCGCUUUCCAGCCGUUUAUUGUUGCUGUAUCCAAGUGGCUGUGGAUAAAUGCUUCUCCCCUUUACAGACCCGUGAAAUGGUACGGAACUGAAAGCGAUAUCGGGUAAAAGGUCUUGCUUCAUAGAAUAUUGAACAUAAGAUUCGUAUUAACAACGGUUCUACGUGCGCCGUAAACAAAUUCGCAUAUUUUUUUAUAUAAGCAGAGACACAUUGAGACGUUCCCAAGCCAACCGUUGCCACUGUCAAUAGAUAAACGUAGCUUCUGGAACGUUGGUUCUGCGGUGUGAACACGUCUGCACCAGCAUGAGGCUACCUGGAGUCUCUGUUCCCUCUACACCUGUCUCCUUCAUCCGCGCCACCCCCAUUCAACGUCAACGCUACAUGGUCACACCCCUCGCUUUACCCGUAAUCUGUCCGGCUACUGUCCCACUCUCGGUCAACCAGGUGCGUGCGGCGUUGCAGCUAUCAGCUGGCUCCUUAUUUCACAAGAGUGGGGUGUGUGGGCCUCGACUGGACCCGUUGCGUCCUCCUCUACGCCGCAGACAAACAGCCAGUCUGGAGACACCCGCAGUGCAUCACUACAACCACCAGAGGGCAGUGGUCAUGCAGCAAAAAGAGUACUACAGGUUUCACCAGGCAUGGCAGAGGCCAUUCUAUGGUUCUCGGGCAGAGAAAGAGGAAUGCAGGAAGGAGGUGCGGGAAAUACUGAAAAAGCAGAUGGGAGAGAAGUGGGAAGCUCGUAAGCGGCAACUGGUCAAUAAAACGCAAGAGCUGGAGAAUCUGCGGGAGGCAGACCACCGAGCGCUUUCCAAACAGCGGGAAGAGAUGUCCUCCAGGGCCAAAGAGAUGAGGCAGUACCGAGAUGAGAACAAGAGGCUGAUGGAGCAGUGCUGGAGGGACAAGGCAGUCAGCCGGUCUCUGGAGAUGCUGAGAGAUAGGGAACUCCUUCAGUACAACCCUCUAAACUGGAGCUGCACCCUUAAAUAAUACAGCCACACCCCCAACACUGGGCCAUCCCACAUCUCACACCCAAUCAUGAAAGGGAAAUAGGCUGAUAGAUAUAAUGCACCAGUACAACAAAGAUUUUGAAAAAUUUAUGAGGAAAGAGAUCUGAUA